AUGGAUACAGAUAUUUUCUAUAAUUAUAUAGAAAAAGUUCUUAUCCCAAGUCUGGGCGAGGAGCGCCCGGUUCUUAUCGUUUAUGAUGGUCACUCAACUCACGUCCAUGUAAGAGUUGUGGAACUGGCAUUACGAAACCGUAUCACAAUACUUAAACUACCGCCACACACAUCACAUUUGCUGCAGCCUCUUGAUAUAGCCGUAUUCAAGUCAUUCAAGUCAAUAUGGGAUGCCAAACUGGUAGAGUGGCAGCGUAGAAAUGUUGGCACGAAAAUGCCAAAAAAAGUUUUCGCUCCAGCGCUGGCAGAUACUUGGAGAGAAACAAACCCCAAUAUCAUCAAAAGUGGAUUUAGAAAAGCUGGGAUUUUUCCUUUUAAUGCGCACGUGAUACCUGUGGACAAGUAUGAUCCAGAUGCAUAUAAAAGGUACCAAAAAAAGACAUUAGAAGAACAUUUUGCUUACAAGAAAUUUGUAUUGGCUUGUUUAACAAUCAACUUGCAACAACAAAUGAUUCUCUUGAAAAUUCAAAUACCGAUGACGUUACCUUGCUGUCGCAAAUUUCAAAGUCCAGUAUCCAAACUUUGA